ACAAAAGCCAGCUGUAGCAUUAUCUCCCUCGUAUCUCCAUUUGCCUAACCCAAAACUAGUACUACUACAACUUCGCACACACUUCUCGCAGAUCUUUUCUACCUCAAGCUGCUCUGUUGCUCGCCGUAGUUUCUCUCUCUAGAUUACUAAUCUAUAUCUUUCUUGCUAAAACCCAAUAUCUCCUCCAACCCAUUUUUGCAAGCGCAGUGAGGCUUCCCCAAAUUCUUGAACCCUAAAACCCAUCUAAAGCCCAGUUGGUGGUUUUGUGGUGUUUUUUUGGUUUUUGUUUGGUUGUUAUCUGUUCGGUCAGAGUUAGUAUGGGGUGAUUGGAGAAGGUGUCGUGUGAUUGGGUGAGGUGUGAUGGAGUGGGAUAGUAACUCGGAGUCUGAUCUCAGCGGUGAUGAGGAGGAGGAGGAGGAGGUGGAAGAGGAGAGUGGAGAAGGGUUAGGGUUUAUGUUGAGGAAGAGAGGCGGAGGUGGGCUGCCGUUUCCUGUGGAUAGGCUUCUGCAACCCUCGCCUUGUGGGUUUGUUGUGACGGAUGCUUUGGAGCCUGACAAUCCCCUUAUUUACGUUAAUUCGGUAUUUGAGAUGGUUACCGGGUACCGCGCUGAGGAGGUUCUAGGUCGUAACUGCCGCUUCUUGCAAUGCAGGGGCCCAUUUGCCAAAAGAAGACAUCCUCUUGUGAACCCCACAGUGGUUGCUGAAAUUAGAAGAUGUCUUGAGGAAGGGAUUGAAUUUGAAGGAGAAUUGUUAAAUUUUAGAAAAGAUGGAUCUCCACUGAUGAAUAGGCUUCGCAUGACCCCGAUAUACGGUGAUGAUGAAACAAUAACACAUAUAAUUGGCAUACAGGUCUUUACUGAAGUAACUCUUGACCUGGGCCCACUUCCAGGAUCAUUGGCCAAGGAACCUGCAAGAGCAUCUGAUAGGUUUAGAUUUAAUAUUUCUCUUUCUGGAGUGGUUUCAGAUGGGAGUCGGAAUAUCGGCCGUGGGGUUUGUGGAAUAAUGCAGUUAAGUGAUGAAGUACUUGCUCUGAAGAUCCUUUCACGAUUGACUCCAAGGGAUAUUGCUUCUGUUGGCUCUGUUUGUCGGAGGCUAUAUGAACUAACAAAGAACGAAGAUCUUUGGCGAAUGGUCUGCCAGAAUGCAUGGGGUAGUGAAACAACUAGAGUGCUAGAGACUGUGCCCGGUGCUAAAAGGUUGGGAUGGGGUAGAUUGGCAAGGGAACUAACCACUCUUGAAGCAGCAGCGUGGAGAAAACUCACUGUUGGAGGUGCAGUUGAACCGUCUCGUUGCAACUUUAGUGCUUGUGCUGUUGGCAACCGUGUGGUUCUUUUUGGUGGAGAGGGUGUUAACAUGCAACCCAUGAACGAUACAUUCGUGUUGGACCUGAACUCCACAAAUCCAGAAUGGCAACAUGUCAAAGUGAGCUCUCCACCUCCUGGGCGCUGGGGCCACACACUUUCUUGUGUGAAUGGUUCUAAUCUUGUCCUGUUUGGCGGUUGUGGAAGGCAAGGGUUACUUAAUGAUGUCUUUGUGUUGGACUUGGAUGCCAAACAUCCUACUUGGCGUGAAAUCUCUAGCUUGGCUCCACCACUUCCUCGAUCUUGGCAUAGCUCCUGUACCCUUGAUGGGACUAAGCUAAUAGUCUCUGGUGGUUGUGCAGAUUCUGGAGUGCUUUUGAGUGAUACCUUCUUGCUUGAUCUGUCGAUGGAGAAACCUGUAUGGCGGGAGAUACCUGUAGCAUGGACUCCACCUUCACGUUUGGGCCACACUUUGUCUGUUUAUGGUGGACGGAAAAUCUUGAUGUUUGGAGGUCUUGCCAAGAGUGGUCCUCUACGGUUUCGAUCAAGUGAUGUGUUCACUAUGGAUUUGAGCGAGGAAGAGCCAGGUUGGAGAUGUGUUACAGGGAGUGGGAUGCCCGGUGCUGGAAAUCCUGGAGGCAUAGCACCUCCUCCUCGGCUAGAUCAUGUGGCAGUGAGUCUUCCUGGUGGUAGAAUCCUUGUUUUUGGUGGUUCUGUGGCUGGUCUUCACUCUGCUUCCCAGCUUUACAUUCUUGAUCCAACUGAAGAGAAGCCAACAUGGAGGAUUCUGAAUGUACCUGGGCGGCCUCCUAGAUUUGCAUGGGGUCAUAGCACAUGCGUUGUUGGAGGGACCAGAGCUAUAGUUCUUGGAGGUCAAACUGGGGAGGAGUGGAUGCUGAGUGAGCUUCAUGAGCUAUCGCUAGCAAGCUCCGUCAUAUAAUGACGAGUAACACGAAAUUUGUCAGGCUACUUCACAGAAAAAAAAUUCUUUUUGGUUUCAAGAACGUGAUACCUGUUCUAAGCAACCAGUUUGUAGAGAUUAUUUCUGCAUUUUGGAAAUGCUUGACCGUGCUGUUCUUGAAUUUGUUUCUUGUAAUGCUCCUUGGAGCAUUUGAGCUAAUGCCUGCUCUCAGUUUAAUUUUGUGAGUUUUGUAUGAAAUUUCCGAGAAAAUGCUGCCCGUUGUUAGUUCUCUCUAGGCUGCUAGUACUCGGUAGAAACAUAGGGCAUAAUAUAUUUAGUUUUAGCUUACUCAUGUAUAUGGUGUUGUGCUUCAGGUUCUGUAAGAUGAAGCUUGAGAGGAACACAGCAACAAGAUAGAAGGAAAAAUAUAUUGGGGUGUAUGUAUGAUUUAUGUUUGUGGUUUUUUCUUUAUAUGUCAAUAAUUCAUCCGACCUGUCAGACUGUUGCUUAUUCUGCACUUCUAUGGUUUGGCCGCUGUUACUGGUUGUGUCCAUGAUCAUAUUUUCUUGUUCUACUUGUUGAUUCAGUUGUUGUU